AUGGAUGUUUUGUGUUUAAAGGCGGGGAUUCAGGGAAUUUCGCCGCCAAUAUCCGUCACGGGUUAUGCGGGGAUGGAUGUUCUAACAAGCUAUCCUUCUCAGAUCAGUGCCAGUGGAAGACCGUCGGAGAAGUCGGUGGCGGCGGCGGGAGCGCAGCGAAGGAAUUUUCCAUGGGGUUUUACUUUCAGGGACCCACUUAGAUCUCUUUGGACUGGAGGUAAAAAUCGGUGCGAGCCGGCGAUCGCGGUUGACGACGCCGUUUUGGUGGAGGAAAAUGAGGAGAUCAAAAUGAAAGAGAGAGAGAAAGAAGUGCAGAAUGGGAAUUGGGUUUUCAAGAUUUUGCAUGUUAGGUCCUUGUGGAAGGAAGUGGACGAGAGAGAGGAUAAAUUUGUUGAAGAAAUUGGGACCAAAUUGGAAGAAGAGGACAAAAUUGGGGCAAUGGACGGAAAAUAUAAUGGUUAUAGUGAGAAUGAGGAUUGCUGUGAAGAGCUUGGAGAAUGUGACGUAUGUGGGAUUGAUGAAGAAAAUGACAAUAAAAUUGAAUUUGAUAGAGAAUCGUUUUCAAAGAUGCUUCAAAAAGUGCCAUUGGCUGAAGCUAGAUUAUAUGCCCAGAUGUCUUAUUUGGCAAAUUUAGCUUAUUCGAUAACCCAAAUUAAGAAAAAGGGCUCAUCAAAUUCUGGUCGGAGAGUAUGGAAUAUCCUUCGUUUAGCCCUUUUAUGGGCAAGAAAAGGUGGGAUAUUCAGAAACAAAUUCUCCAUAAGUUUAAGCUUCCUUCCAAAGGGUGUUAAGAGUCUCCGCCACUCAAAAGGCGGCAGCGGCGCCCUCAUUUACGGCGAGCCAAAUGAGCACGGAGGCCCGGAUCCGUGCAUCAUCUCUACGGUUCUUCCGAAUGAAAAAUCCUGUGAAAAAUGUGUAGAGAUUUCGAAAUUUCAGCAGAUGCAAGGAAACCUCCAUAAAUCUUCAUCUGAGGGUUCUCACAAGGAAAAAGGCGUUCUUGGCAUUCAUCAUCACCGGCGAUCACCUCGUUUCCAAGUGUCCGAACUGGUCCUGAAGUCCAGAGAAGAAUUUUCAUGGAUUAGGCAUAAAUUUGAAGUACAGAGAGUGAAAGAAAGUGGAAAACUGUUAGGUAUUUUCUGA